GCAGAAUCUGUGAACCCAAAACCCUAAUCAACCUCUCCUCUCUUGCCUCCUCCUCCUCCUCUUCACACCAAAGCUUCUCUCCUUUAUUCUCGCCCGAUUCUCAGAAGUCUCCUCGGUUUCCAUCUCUCUCUGCCGCCAGGAAUAGUGUGCAGAUAUGGCUACCGAGGAAGCUGUUCACGAGGCUCACCAAGUCGCUGAAGCCUUUGUGGAUCAGUACUAUCAUCUUGUCGGAAAUUUAACUCAUGAAGCUCAUAGGCUUUAUGUAGAUGCUAGCGUUGUCAGCAGACCAGGUCCUGAUGGUACCAUGACCUCUUUUACAUCCCUUGAGGCUAUCAACAAGCACUUUGUGUCAUGUGACUCUACUACAUUCGAGAUGCUAAGCGUUGAUUCUCAGUCUUCCUUGGAAGACGGGAUAUUGAUCAUGGUUAUUGGUUUCUUGAUCGGAGAAGACAACUUGAAGAGGAAGUUUUCUCAGAUGUUCUAUCUGGCUCGUCAAAACACUACCUACGUUGUUGUUAAUGACAUCUUUCGUUAUGUUGAUGAGCUGUCUUCUACUCCAAUAACUCUUCCAGCUGUCGAUGUAGCUGUACCAGAAACUGAGGUAGUGAAGCCAGUCCAUGCUCCUGCUGAGAACUCUGUUAAUACUUCUGAAGUAUCUGAAGUGAAGAAGGCUGUUGUUGCUGAAGCUGCUACUCCGUUGGACAAUGGGAGUAACAAGAACUCUGUUGAAGAAGCUGUUACUGCUCAAAAACCUAAAGAGACAGUUGCUGAUAGAGCUGCUCCUACGCUUGAUGGAGCCAAGAAAUCUUAUGCUGCCAUGGUUGAAUCAAUGGCGAGAAGCGCUGCUCCUUUACAAGCUAAACCAGCCUCGGUUCAGAAACCUAGAUACGUGGCAGCACCCAAGCCACGUGAGGCGGCUCCAGCACCACCUAAAUCACCUGCUGCUGUUAUUAAACGUGAAAGGAAAAACGACCAGAGGAUUGUCGACGAGCCAGGGACUUCGAUAUUUGUGUCAAAUCUGCCAAUGGAUGCAAUGCCGCCUCAGCUCCAUGAUCUGUUCAAGGACUUUGGUGCUAUUAAAGAACAUGGAGUUCAAGUCAGAAGCUCCAAUGCUCGUGGAACUUGCUUCGGUUUUGUUGCCUUUGAAUCUGUUACCUCUGUCCAGAGCGUGCUUGAGGCUGCUAAGAACAAUCCCUUCAAGCUUGGAGACCGUAAGCUACGUGUAAAGGAGAAGCAAGUUGAGUAUGAUGGAAGCAAACCGUCUGGUGGGAGAAAGAGUGAGAAUGGUUCCUCUGCUGAAGGAAGCAAACCUUCUGGUGGGAGAAGCGUAGGAGGAGGAGGAGGAAGCAAGAGUGAGAAUGGCUCCUCUGCAGAUGGAAGCAAGGCUGAGAAUGGCUCUCCUGCAGGUGAGGAAGAUGACUUCAAGCCAAUCAAAAGCCGUAGGAACAGAAGCGAGAGAAAAGGAAACGAGAAAAACAGUGUGCAAACAACACCAAAACCAAAAGCUUGAUACUCUCUCCUUUGCAGACACCAGAGUCGAGUUGAGAUUAUUUUUCUUAUAUUACAGAUUUACAUCUCUUUUACUUCUUUAGGUCGUUUCUUACAUCUUAUUGGUGUCAACAUUAUUUUUCUUUUUUCUCUUUUUUUUUUCUUUCAACAAGACAAUAUUCUAUCGUCUUUCGUUUUUCUUAUAUUCCAAAAUUUAUUUUUAUUUCUCAAAUUCAUUUUAUUACAGUUAAAACUCUAUGAAGUAAUAAUGUUAAGAUU